CAAACUUAAGGGAGUUAUACGCAAUUUGUUUAACCAAAGAGAUUCUAGAUGUAAUUAUACUAAACCUUCAGGGUGGUAAGGUAAUUUAAUCUCUCUGAAAAGUUUUCGGGAGUUCAAUUUAAAACGGUUUAACAAACAUAAUCAUACAUUAAGAGAAAAUAAAUUGAGAGUGACGAUAAUUUCAUCAGCAGAAGAAGAAAUUGAGCAGAUAGAAGUGGGGAAGAAUCGACCAAUACCAACUGUUUGUAAUUUCCAUAUCGAUUUCUUCAAUUUUCUGGGGGGGAAAUUGUGUGCAGCAAUGAGUGCAAGGUUCGGAGAAUCCAAACCCUAGAUUUUAAUUUUGUUUUCCCCCAAUAGUUAUUCGGAGUACGAUGGUGAAGAGGCGCUGUGGGGAUGGCUAUCGUUUUUCCCCGUUGAAAUCGAGAAGAUCUGCUGUUAACGAUUCUUCGAUCUUGAGUUGUGAAUGGAGUCUUCCAAGAAGUCAAUUGUGAAGGUACAAGAGGAGAAGCGGGUAGUACAGGAGGAUCAGCGGACCAAGGUUGUGGAAUGGGGGGAUUACGAACAGGAGCUCGGCCGUCUGUGCAGUUUGACCUCCGCUCUUGAAGAAGCGAAGAAGAAGAAAUUGUUGCUUGAAGAGAAGCUUCAUUCCUCAAUUCAAAUAGAAGCUGAGUCGUUAAGUCGGUCGAAUGAGCUUGAUCAGAUGCGUGAAAAAUUGGAAUCUCGUAAGUUGGUGAUGGGAAACAUGUCAAUGCAUUCCAAGGUAGUAAAGGAGAAAGUAAGAAAACAAGAGGAAUGGCUUAAUGCUGAAAUUAGAUCUCUAUUGGCUGGUGGAAGUUCUCUUUCUGUGGCGAAGACGCAUAUGCAGGAUUCAAUCAAGUCGCUUGCUGGAGAAAAAGGUUAUGGUCAUUUGAAAAAAUUGCAGAAACUAUUGAGACUUAGGCAGCAGUAUAUGGUGUCACAAGUUUCCUCGCUGUAUCCAGUAAAGGUUGUGAUAAGAAAAGCUCCCGAGCAAGAACUAGAAUCAUUUAGUAGCAGCAUUAAGUCAGGUGUUCCCGAUGGAUCAAAACCUGUUGACCAGGGCACAAUGACGAUAUCAGGUCUGCACCUUACCGUGAUUCCUUUUUCGAAGAUGAGUUUAUUCACUGACAAGAAGGAGCUUCAGCGAUCUUCAACUGCCCUUGGAUAUGUAGCACAUGCUGUCUCACUUAUUGCUUCUUAUAUGCAAGUUCCUCUGCGUUAUCCAUUACGCUUAGGAGGUUCUCGAUCAUAUAUACGUGACUAUUCACCGUCUAUUGAACAUUCAGCAUCCAGCACGACUUUGGAUUCAAUAACUUCGACAAGCACGAAGCUUGUAGAAUUUCCCCUUUUUGUCGAAGGUCAAGACUCAACUAGAGCAGCUUAUGCUGUAUUCUUGCUAAACAAGGAUUUAGAGCAGCUCUUGAACUUCAUUGGUGUCAAGAGCUUAGGUCCACGCCAUGUAUUAGCAAAUUUAAAGGAGCUUACGAGGACUAUUCUUUCUCCAGAGUAUGUAGAUAGAUGAACUGCCUGACGACUUCACAGUAAGUUUCUGUAAAUGGCAUAUUUGUAAUUUUUUUUUUUUAAAUCGGGUGCUAUUUUUUAAGUGGAGCACCAUACUAUCAGGGUCCAUUUUCCAGAACAAUCCCAAUUACAAAAUGUUAUACAACACAUUUGAUUUGCAUACUUUUCGCUUCGAGUUCAUAUAGAUUUUUUUGUAGAACUUCAAGUAAUACCAUUAUAUAUAUAGAGUUUUAUCGUUUAUUU